AUGAGACAUCAGAGGAAUCACAUAGGUGAGAAGCCAUAUUCCUGUUCUCAGUGUGGGAAUUGUUUUGCAUCGAAAUCAUAUCUUGUUACACAUCAGAAAAGUCACAGAGGUGAGAAGCCAUAUUCCUGUUCUGAGUGUGGGAAAUGUUUUGCAUCGAAAUCAUAUCUUGUUACACAUCAGAGGAGUCACACAGGUGAGAAGCCAUAUUCCUGUUUUGAGUGUGGGAAAUGUUUUGCAUAUAAAUCAAAUCUUGUUACACAUCAGAGGAGUCACACAGGUGAGAAGCCAUAUUCCUGUACUGAGUGUGGGAAAUGUUUUGCAUUGAAAUCAGAUCUUGUUACACAUCAGAGAAGUCACACAGGUGAGAAGCCAUAUUCCUGUUCUGAGUGUGGGAAAUGUUUUGCAUGGAAAUCAAAUCUUGUUACACAUCAGAGAAGUCACACAGAUGAGAAGCCGUACUUCUGUUCUGAGUGUGGGAAAUGUUUUGCAUCGAAAUCAAAUCUUGUUACACAUCAGAGGAAUCACACAGGUGAGAAGCCAUAUUCCUGUUCUCAGUGUGGGAAAUGUUUUGCAUCGAAAUCAUAUCUUGUUACACAUCAGAAAAGUCACACAGGUGAGAAGCCAUAUUCCUGUUCUGAGUGUGGGAAAUGUAGGCCACUGAUAUGUUCUGAGUGUGGGAAAUGUUUUACAUACAAAUCACAUCUUGUUAGACAUCAGAGAAGUCACACAGGUGAGAGGCCAUUUCCAUGUUCUGAGUGUGGGAAAUGUUUUGCAUACACAUCAGAUCUUGUUAGACAUAACAGAAGUCACACAGGUGAGAAGCCAUUUUCUUGCUCUGAGUGUGGGAAAUGUUUUAUCCAGAAAUCACAUCUUGUUCUACAUCACAGAAGUCACACAGGUGAGAAGCCAUUUCCAUGUUCUGAGUGUGGGAAAUGUUUUGCGCACACAUCAGAUCUUGUUAUACAUCAGAGAAGUCACACAGGUGAGAAGCCAUUUUCUUGCUCUGAGUGUGGGAAAUGUUUUAUCCAGAAAUCACAUCUUGUUAUACAUCAAAGAAGUCACAUAGGUAAGAAAGCAUUUCCAUGUUCUGAGUGUGGGAAAUGUUUUACACACAAAUCAGGUCUCGUUAGACAUAACAGACAUCACACAGGUGAGAAGCCAUUUCCAUGUUCUGAGUGUGGGAAAUGUUUUGCGCACACAUCAGAUCUUGUUAUACAUCAGAGAAGUCACACAGGUGAGAGGCCAUUUUCUUGCUCUGAGUGUGGGAAAUGUUUUAUACAGAAAUCACAUCUUGUUAUACAUCACAGAAGUCACACAGGUGAGAAGCCAUUUCCAUGUUAUGAGUGUGGGAAAUGUUUUAUAUACAAAUCACAUCUUGUUAUACAUCAGAAAAUUCAUACAGGUGAGAAACCAUUUCCAUGUUCUGAGUGUGGGAAAGGUUUUACAAACAAAUCGCAUCUUGUUAGACAUCAGUCAGACUGCUACCUUUCCACCAUGGCCAAGACCAGAGAGCUGUCUAAGGACAUCAGGGACAAAAUUAUAGAGCUGCCCAAGGCUGGGAUGAGCUACUCGACAAUAGGCAAGCAGCUUGCAGAUGGAUACACAAGCAGGAAUAUCUCAGAAGGACAUCUAAUGUUAUCCCCGGAUUGUGACAUAAAAGAUAAUGACAGUAUACAGGAUUCUCCAGGAGAUAACCCCAUUACUCCAAUUAUACAUCCAGCUCUAUCAGCUGAUCCCCCUGAUCCUGGGAAAUGUUCUCCUGAUCACUCUGAUAUUGGUGCAUCUAUUACAGCUCUGAAAGUAGAUACAGUGUUCCUCUGUUCUACAGAUGCCAAAUGUUUUACACAGAACACAAACCUUAUUACUCAUCAGCCAGCUAAGGCAGGUGAGAGGCCAUUUCUAUGUUCUGAGUGUGGGAAAUGUUUUACAUAUAAAUCAAAUCUUGUUAGACAUCAGAGAAGUCACACAGGUGAGAAGCCGUAUUCCUGUCCUGAGUGUAGGAAAUGUUUUGCAUACAAAUCACAUGUUGUUGUUCAUCAGCAUGCUCACACAGGUGAAUGGCCAUUUUUCUGUUUUGAGUGUGGAAAACGUUUUACAUAUAAAUCAAAACUUGUUACACAUCAAAGAAGUCACACAGGUGAGAAGCCGUAUUCCUGUUCUGAGUGUAGGAAAUGUUUUGCACGGAAAUCAGAUCUUGUUACACAUCACAGAAGUCACACAGGUGAGAAACCGUAUUCCUGUUCUGAGUGUGGGAAAUGUUUUGCAUCUAAAUCAGAACUUGCUAAACAUCAGAGAAGUCACACAGGUGAGAACCCGAAUUCCUGUUCUGAGUGUGGGAAAUGUUUUGCAUCAAAAUCAAAUCUUGUUAGACAUCAGAGAAGUCACACAGGUGAAAAGCCGAAUUCCUGUUCUGAGUGUGGGAAACGUUUUACAUAUAAAUCAAAUCUUGUUAAACAUCAGAGAAGUCACACAGGUGAGAAGCCGUAUUCCUGUUCUGAGUGUGGGAAAUGUUUUGCACAGAAAUCAGAUCUUGUUAUACAUCAGAGAAGUCACACAGGUGAGAAGCCAUUUCCGUGUUCUGAGUGUGGGAAAUGUUUUGCUCAGAAACAAGCUCUUGUUGUACAUCGGAGUAGUCACACAGGUGAGAAGCCAUUUCCGUGUUCUGAGUGUAGGAAAUGUUUUUCAUUGAAAGCAAAUCUUGUUAGACAUCAGAGAAGUCACACAGGUGAGAAGCCGUAUUCCUGUUCUGAGUGUGGGAAAUGUUUUGCAUAUAAAUCACAUUUUUUUAGUCAUCAGAGAAGUCACACAGGUGAGAGGCCAUUUCCAUGUUCUGAGUGUGGGAAAUGUUUUGCACAGAAAUCAGCCCUUGUUACACAUAAGAGAAGUCACACAGGUGAGAAGCCAUAUUCCUGUUCUCAGUGUAUGAAAUGUUUUGCACAGAAAUCAAAUCUUGUUACACAUCAGAGAAGUCACACAGGUGAGAAGCCGUUUUCCUGUUCUGAGUGUGGGAAAUGUUCUACAUCGAAAUCAAAUCUUGUCACACAUCAGAGAAGUCACACAGGUGAGAAGCCGUAUUCCUGUUCUGAGUGUGGGAAAUGUUUUGCAUCGAAAUCGGAUCUUUUUAAACAUCAGAGAAGUCACACAGGUGAGAAGCCGUAUUCCUGUUCUGAGUGUGGGAAAUGUUCUACAUCGAAAUCAAAUCUUGUUACACAUCAGAAAAGUCACACAGGUGAGAAGCCGUAUUCCUGUUCUGAGUGUGGGAAAUGUUUUGCAUCGAAAUCAGAUCUUGUUAAACAUCAGAGAAGUCACACAGGUGAGAAGCCGUAUUCCUGUUCUGAGUGUGGGAAAUGUUUUGCACAGAAAUCAGCCCUUGUUACACAUAAGAGAAGUCACACAGGUGAGAAGCCAUAUUCCUGUUCUCAGUGUAUGAAAUGUUUUGCACAGAAAUCAAAUCUUGUUACACAUCAGAGAAGUCACACAGGUGAGAAGCCGUAUUCCUGUUCUGAGUGUGGGAAAUGUUCUACAUCGAAAUCAAAUCUUGUUACACAUCAGAGAAGUCACACAGGUGAGAAGCCGUAUUCCUGUUCUGAGUGUGGGAAAUGUUUUGCAUCGAAAUCGGAUCUUUUUAAACAUCAGAGAAGUCACACAGGUGAGAAGCCGUAUUCCUGUUCUGAGUGUGGGAAAUGUUCUACAUCGAAAUCAAAUCUUGUUACACAUCAGAAAAGUCACACAGGUGAGAAGCCGUAUUCCUGUUCUGAGUGUGGAAAAUGUUUUGCAUCGAAAUCAGAUCUUGUUAAACAUCAGAGAAGUCACACAGGUGAUAAGCUGUAUUCCUGUUCUGAGUGUGGGAAAUGUUUUACAUCGAAAUCAAAUCUUGUUACACAUCAGAGAAGUCACACAGGUGAGAAGCCGUAUUCCUGUUCUGAGUGUGGGAAAUGUUUUACAUCGAAAUCAAAUCUUGUUACACAUCAGCGAAGUCACACAGGUGAGAAGCCGUUUUCCUGUUCUGAGUGUGGGAAAUGUUUUGCACAGAAGUCAGCUUUUGUUAGACAUCAGAAAAGUCACACAGGUGGGAAGCCGUAUUCCUGUUCUGAGUGUGGGAAAUCAUUCCUUUGGAAAUCACAUCUUGUUUUACAUCAGAGAAGUCACACAGGUGAGAAGCCGUUUCCAUGUUCUGAGUGUGGGAAAUGUUUUGCACGGAAAUCACAUCUUGUUUUACAUCAGAGAAGUCACACAGGUGAGAAGCCAUUUUCUUGCUCUGAGUGUGGGAAAUAUUUUAGAUGGAAAUCACAACUUGUUACACAUCACAGAAGUCACACAGGUGAGAAGCCAUUUUCUUGCUCUGAAUGCGGGAAAUGUUUUUCCCAGAAAUCACAACUUGUUACACAUCAGCGAAUUCACACAGGUGAGAAGCCAUUUUCUUGCUCUGAGUGUGGGAAAUGUUUUUCCCAAAAAUCACAUCUUGUUAUACAUCAGGGAAGUCACACAGGUGAGAAGCCAUUUUCUUGCUCUGAAUGCGGGAAAUGUUUUUCCCAGAAAUCACCACUUGUUACACAUCACAGAAGUCACACAGGGGAGAAGCCAUUUUCUUGCUCUGAGUGUGGAAAACAUUGGUUAAAUAAAGCAAAACUUGUUAUACAUCAGAGAAGUCACACAGGUGAGAAGCCAUUUUCUUGCUCUGAAUGCGGGAAAUGUUUUUCCCAGAAAUCCCCACUUGUUACACAUCAGCGAAUUCACACAGGUGAGAAGCCAUUUUCUUGCUCUGAGUGUGGGAAACGUUUUACACGGAAAUUAUAUCUUGUUAGACAUCAGAACUCACACAAGUGGGAAUAUAUUUCCAUGUUCUGAGUGUGGGAAAUGUUCUGCACACAAAUCAGAUCUUAGAAACCAUGGGGUAAAUUUACUAAGGUGGGAGAUUUUUAGAACUGGUGAUGUUGCCUAUGGCAACCAAUCAUAUUCUUCUUACCAUUUUUCUAGCUGCUUCUAGCAGAUAAUAGAUAUAAUCUGAUUGGUUGCUAUGGGCAACAUCACUAGUUUUAAAAAUUUCCCACCUUAGUAAAUUCCCCCACGAGAGAAGUUGCACAGGUGAGAAGCCAUUUUCUUGCUCUCAGUGCGGGAAAUGUUUUACACAGAAAUCACAACUUGUUACACAUCACAGAAGUCACACAGGUGAGAAGCCAUUUCCAUACUCUGAGAAAUAAAUCGGCACUUGUUGCACACAUUAGACAUCACUCAGGUGAGGAACCAUUUUAAUCUUCUGGAGUAUACUCAUCAUUGCCAUGCAUUGUUCUUCAAAGUUCUUAUCCUAUAUCCUAUGCUUUUUGCAAUAUACAUGCUACCACUGGGUGAAAUAAUCAGGUGUCAUGCCCUCAUCUACCACUGCUAUACAGAUGACCUGUCUUUGCUCUAAGUACUGAGAAGCCAGUACCAAUCCUAAAUGGUUGUCUAGCUGAGCUCCAGGUGUGGGUGAUGCCAGUUGGCUGUGACUCAGUCCUGGUGAAACAGGUCCUUAUGAUAGAAGCUCACCAAUAAACGGCAGGGCUACAACUCCGCUUUACUACCAACCAGACGCCACAUAACACCCAUUCUCUGUUCCCUCCACCAGCUGCCUGUAAGAUGGUGACUGUUACAUAAUCUGACUGACUCUCCCAGCACUACAUGACCAGGGUCCGAGGUACCAGGAGCAGCUUCUGACUCCUUACUGUCCUACUUGCUUCCAUCUGCAGAUGGACUGUUACCAGCAAUACCAAGAAACCCCAAGCAGUGCUGAGAUGUCAGAGGGGAGACAGGGUGGGUGGCACUAUUGCUGUAUCGGUGGCACUGUCUGGGUAAUAUUAUCCCCAAGCAGAGCUGAGGGGGUACUCGGGGUGGCUGGCAGUAGUGGGGACUGCAGGAGGCAGUGUAUGUGUGAGAAUCUUGUCCUCAAGCAGAGUUAAGGUGUCAGAGGGGGAGACAAGGUGGUGGAAGUAGUGGGGAGGGGACGGGGUGAGUGGCAGUA